AUGUUGAGCACUGGAGAAGCCUGUGAAGAACAUCUGACCGUUACGCUACUUUGCAUAAAUGUAUCAUACGUGCCUGAGAGAUUCGUCAUAGGCUUCGCCAUCGGAUUCUGUGGAAGCUGUUGCCACGGUUUCGGGAGAGCGUGUCGCUGGUCGGUGACAAGGGCAGGCGGGUGGGGGAGAAAGGUGAAGGACGCAUUGCCGGACGUUCAGUCGCGGGUGUCGGCUGUUGGAUGCUGCUGGAGGGCAUACUGCGGCGCCGCAACGUCCGGGCUGCUGCUGCACGAAGCAAGCAACGCCGUCGUCAGGCGGGGAGGUCGGCGCACGGUGGCGAUUCUACCAGCAAAGUCACGAAAGGAGCACGCCAUUCGGGGGAAAUGUUCGCGGCUACCUGGCAACACUGACGCAGUUAUAACAAGUAUUAUAAGAAGACACAGUAGCAAAUUGCCGGAAAUAACAACACCAAUCGUUUAUUAUUUUUUUACGAAAAAGAAGAGUGAUCCACAUAUAUUGUGUAUUUGUGUCACCAAAGAAACAAGAAAUAUAAUAUGAACAUUUUUGGAGGGAAAAUAAUUUAUAUGGGAGUGCUGGAAAUACUUGGAACAUGGCUCUCUCAGUACGGUGAAUCAGGCACUGCGCUGCGGAUGAAAUGUGGUAUUUCGCAAGUGGCAACGAUGUUCUUCGUGGUGUGGUGUUUUGUAUUAAGUUGUAUUUAUUGUGUGCUGUGUCUGAUUGAGUUUGCGAGGCAACAGGAGGAACGUCUAUCAAGUGCUGGUGUAGUUUGUACAAUUUCAAUAACAGCAAGAAGCAUUUUCGUAGAACAUGUAGAAAGUUUAAAAUGUCGGUGGCUGUUUUCUAGCUCUGCGAAAUAAACGCCAAAAUAAAUUUUGAGCGGAUUGGCUAGAAAUUAUGAGUGCAAUGGCAGCUAAGGAGGUUCAUUCCCUGUCGUCUAAUGGUGUGACAAAGAGCAACGGUACCAUGGAGCUGAGUCGGUGCGAGGCAAGUGUUUACUAGAACGUAAU